GAGACAUAGAGAGCAGGAAAGAGAGAGUGAGACAGGCGAAAAGUCAAAAGAAGUUAAGUCAGACAGUAGAGAGCUGGUUUAAAUACGACACAUCAGACUUGUGAUCUUGUUUGACUCUGUAGCUGUGACUCAGUAGGAGCACAGCUGACCAACUUAUCCUCCACCCCUCCCUCUUCAUAUCACUGUGCUGCUUCCUCCUCCUUCCUGAGACCAUGGAGGAGGUCAUCAAGGUCACAGAAACCACCCCAACACCUCUCCUGGAACGGCAGGUACGCCAGCGACAGCCCACAGUAUCAGUCCUCAAAUCCAAGCUGAAGCAAACUGUGACCUGCUCAGUGCCCAGAGUCCGAUCAACCCUGACAGGGUUCUUCCCUGUGGUGCGCUGGCUGCCUAAAUACAAGCUCAGAGAGUAUGUCUGGGGUGAUUUGAUGUCCGGGGUCAUCGUGGGUAUCAUCUUGGUACCACAGGCAAUAGCCUACUGCCUGCUGGCUGGAGUGGAGCCCAUCUAUGGCUUAUACACCUCAUUUUAUGCCAACAUCAUCUACUUCAUCAUGGGGACGUCUCGGCAUGUUUCUGUUGGGAUCUUUAGCCUCAUGAGCCUCAUGGUGGGACAGGUGGUGUACAGAGAGGUGUUCAAGGCCGGUUUUGACCUCAGUGAGGACCCAUCUAGCUAUCGUGUGUUAAAUGUUUCAAUGGGCAUCAACCUCACAGCAGGUGAAGUGCACACUGUAGAGCUAAUGGGCAUGCAGUGUGGGAAAGAGUGUUACGCUAUCAGCAUUGCUGCUGCCAUCACAUUCCUGGCUGGUAUUUAUCAGGUCAUGAUGGCCAUAUUUCAGCUAGGCUUUGUCUCUGUCUACCUUUCGGCUCCCAUGCUGGAUGGUUUUGCUACAGGAGCCUCUUUCACCAUCCUGACCGUGCAGGCUAAAUACCUGUUGGGUCUAAAGAUUCCUCGUCACCAGGGCUAUGGCACAGUUGCCGUUACCUGGUUCAACAUUUUUGCCAACAUUCAAAAUACCAACCUGUGUGACCUCAUCACUAGCGCCAUCUGUAUAUCUGUAUUAGUGGCUGGGAAGGAGAUCCAGGAACGCUACAAGGAUCGUCUAAAGAUUCCUCUUCCAACUGAGCUGAUCGUAGUGGCCGGAUCUACACUUGCCAGCCAUUAUGGGGGGCUGAACAGCCGUUAUGACUCCAGUGUUUCUGGUCAUAUUCCCACAGGAUUCAUCCCUCCCCAGGUCCCGAACUUUAGUCUGAUGUCACAAGUGGCACUGGAUGCCAUACCUUUAGCUGUCAUUAGUUUUGCCUUCACGGUGUCACUGUCCGAGAUGUUUGCUAAGAAAAAUGGCUACACAGUUCGUCCCAACCAGGAGAUGCUAGCCAUCGGCUUCUGUAACAUCAUCCCCUCCUUCUUCCACUGUUUCACCACAAGUGCAGCUCUAGCAAAAACUAUGGUCAAGGACUCAACUGGUUGCCAGACACAGAUAUCAAGUCUGAUUAGCGCCCUGGUUGUCCUUCUCGUCCUCCUCUUCUUCGCGCCUUACUUCCAUGCUCUCCAGAAGUCUGUUCUUGCUUGUAUCAUCAUUGUCAGCCUUCGCGGGGCACUGAGGAAGUUCAAGGACGUCCCGGAUAAGUGGCGUGCCAGCAGGAAUGACGCCAUUGUUUGGCUGGUCACCAUGUCAGCCACGGCUCUGAUCAGUGUGGAGCUGGGCCUCCUGAUCGGAAUCGUCUUCUCCAUGGUAUGCAUCAUCUUCAAGACCCAGAACCCUAAGGUCUCUCUCCUUGGCCGGGCCGAUGACACUGACCUAUACGAGGACAUGGAGGAGUACAAGAACCUCAUGCCACCACCUCGGGUUCAGGUCUUCCGCUUUCAGGCUCCUCUCUACUACGCCAACAAGGAAUCCUUCCUCAAAUCCCUCUACAAAACUGUAGGAGUUGAACCUUUCUUGGAGAUGACUAGGAGGAGAAAGGCAGAGAAGAAGGCCAAAGAUAUGUCCAUGCAGCAGGCCAAGGCAAAUGGGGAUACAACCAACGGAGAGGUUGUUGUCGGACUCGUUCAAAGAGAACUUGAUUUCCACACAAUAGUUUUAGACUGCUCUGCUAUCCCAUUCAUAGACUCGACAGGCAUGGCCACGUUUAAGGGGCUGGUCAAGGAAUAUAAAGCGAUUGGGGUGAGCGUGGUCCUCGCCAGCUGUAACAUCUCACUUAUCGAUACCCUGCAGAAGGGACAAUUCUUUGGGAAGAAUGACAAAGACAUGAACAACCUGCUGUUUCAUACAGUUCAUGCUGCAGUUCUUCAUGCAAACAGUAUGCCUUCAGCAGCAGAGAGCAAGUCAGAAGACUCUGUGGUGUAGAGCAGCUGGAAAAUGAAGGGAAUAGUGAAAACAUUGUGAUGUGCCCCAUUUCUCCUUCUCCUUUCUUAUGUAAACCUAAAAGGGAAUUUAGGUACAGUAUGCCAUCUUGCCAGUUGUAACAGUGCUGCAUUAGGUAGUACUGGGUUUGCCUUUUAGGAAGCUUUGUUCAAGAAAUAUAGGGUACCAUAUAGGUAGGAAGUUGUAAUGUUUUAUAUUAAAUACAAAGACCACAAAAGACCUGAUCUGCCCAACAAGCCUUUUUAAACACUAUUUAAGAUUUUAAAAACCAUUUCACUGCUGGAAAGAGUAAUUCCAUAAGAUUGUGCUGUCUAUAUAGUAGAAAGGUGCACUUAUUUUUAUAAUAAUUUGUGCUGGAGAAAAAAAGGCUCUGGCGUUCCCGGUUGCCCAAAAGGGGUAAAUCCUACAACAAUCAGGAUCCAACUGCAGCUGCACAUUUGUAGCUCAGAAUAUCUGAUUUCAUUUUUUCCCCCCAAGUACUCGGGUACUUUAAUCAGUUUUUCACUGAUCACUAGCAAAAAAACAACAUUGCAGACUGCUUUGCUUCCUGAGUUUCGACACACCCUUCUAACAUUCCUCAGAGGCAGGUCUACAAAAAGCACAAUACCCAUAAAGUCACCUCAGCUUUCAUGUUACACCUUUUGUUCCUACAUAAUUCAGUUUAAUUGUCAGAUAAUAAUAAAGAAAGAAGAGAUGAUUGUUUUAAGUUGGUUAGUCAUUUCCUCCACCUAACUUCCUGACUGGUCACAAGUCGUAAUGAGAAAGGAAAGGGAAUUAGCAGGAAGAAAGUCUAAAGGAAUGCACACAAAGCUCUGUACCCCAGAGAGCUAUUGUGGCUUAUUUUUAAUCACUGAUAUGCCGGUUCCUCAGGGUCUGAUAUUAAGUGAACCUGAAGACUUUUUCAGGGUGAACUGCCCUUAACAUUAGUGAGAUCAGUAUAUGAGGUCAAAUAAAUGUAAAACAGGAGGCAUUAACAUAUUAAUUGAAUCUGUACAUGCUUGCUAAUCUAUGGCUUUACUACAGUUGUUUUGUAUGAAUGUUAGUUGUCACAUUUGUUUUCUUUCAUUUUCAGAUUAGUUCCAGUUGAGACAAUUAAAGUUGCUCAUAUCUGGGUUUGUCAUAUAACACAAUGUCAAAAGCAGAGUUUAAUGUGAUGAAAGCUGUUUAAACUUCAAGCCUUUAGCCAACAUCUAGAAUGGCUCUAAUCCAGGAGUCCAGAGUGCAGACAUCAAGACUAUUACCUUGGACCUGAAAAUCAUUUCUCAAAGGAAAGUUAAACUCUUGCUGACUUGAAGCGCUUGAGUGUGGUGGAGAGAAAUGCUUUAUGUGUCCUCAUGAGAACAGUGUGUCUUUUUAGCCUCAUCCUGAAAGCAGAGUUCAUUAUAACAUACUUGUACUCUUGCCCUGUACUCUGUUCGCCUAACAGAGACAGGUUUAUGAUCUGUUCUCGUAAAAAAUACAUUUUACACAUUUACACAUACCUGAAUCUCUUCUCAGGUGCUGGAUGAAAGCAAGACAUAAUUUGGUGCUUCUGAAAUUUAUACUUUUACUGAAGAAAAAAAAACUGUUAGCAGCAGGUGAUGCCACAUAUUUGGUUACUUGUAUCACUGCCAGUGCUUUGUUGAAUCAAAUAUUUUGUGUGCAAAAAUGAGAGCAGAAGUUGCCUCUUUGUUAAAUCACGCUUUAUUUAUUGUGCCAAGUGUGACAGCUAGAUUGAAACAAUUUAACUUUGAUUAUUAAUGUAUACUAUGUAAUCAUUAAAAAAGGAUGUAUUUUUAAUUUCAUGUGAACAUGUUCAUGUUAUGACAUUCUCAUUUGACAAUGUAGAAAAUGGCUAUUUUGUAUUUUCAUACAUUUUAUUUUUCCAAGCAUUAAUUUAACUGGAAUUGUGUUAGUGACUACUGAGCAUUCACUUCUUUUUUUAGGGGAGAUCUGUUUGAUAUUCAUUUUGGACUUAGUGUUGACAUUCAACAUCCAUAUACAAACACUGCCUUAAUGCCUAAUACUUGAAUUAAACUGAGAAGUUCUUAGUGAAAAGAUUGUGUUUGUGACUGUAUUAUUGCUAUUAAAAGACAUUUAUCAUGGGAACACCUAUUAAUGACAAUAUAUAUAUUGUUAAAGAAUAUUAAAGUUGCGCUAAUCCAUAUUUUUAUAUUAAAAGAUCAAAUUACCUGACUGCCUGUAAUGUGAAAAAGAUUGCUCAUAGUGACUAACUAUAGGAUAAUUAUAUCCUGAAUCUGUAAUUUCCUUCACUUUCAAGGUGCGUUUCAGCAUCUUUCAGCUCAUUGUUUUGCUUUUACAACCAAAAACUGCACUAUUUUAAUUUCAAUUGACAUGAAAAAUACAGCAACACUCUGUUUUUGUCUUUUUUCCCCCCAGAAAUGAUGCCCUGGUUAAUUUGAAUAAUUUGGAGACCUUGAUCUAAACAUUUUUUAAUAAACAGUUGC